UAGGCACUAGCAUUGGUCAUUAGUACGCAGUUAGUGCUCCGCCAUAUACACGAGUAUAUUUUGCUUAGUUGCAGUCAUGGAUCCCGCAGAGGUUUUAAUGGAAGAAGCGAAAGCGCGUCAGAAGCCGAUCCUGGAAGCGGCAGCUCGCGGUGACUCGGAGAUACAGCGGUUCUUCAGCGGCACGACGGCCCUCGUCACUGGAGGCACCGGCUUUCUCGGGAAACUGCUCAUCGAGAAACUGAUCAGAUCUUGUGAUGUAAAAAAGAUUUACGUCAUAUCAAGAGCGAAAAAGGGAAUGUCAAGUAAAGAUAGAAUCAGUGCUUUACUAAAAGAUUGUGUAUUUGAUACCCUUCGCGAAGCAAAUCCAGAUUUUGGGAAUAAAAUAGAACCAGUCGAAGGAGAUGUGGCCGAAUUACAACUCGGCCUUAGCGUCCAAAGUUGGGACACCAUAGCCAAAAAGGUUGAUGUUAUAUUCCACAUGGCAGCUACCACUAGAUUCGAUGAAACUUUACGUCAAGCAACUCUGAUCAAUGUGCGUGGUACCAGAGAAAUACUUGCUCUAGCCAAGCAAUGUAAAAAUCUAAGGUCAUUCGUGUACGUAUCGACAGCAUAUUGUCAGGCGACUCGAGACAGAAUCAAAUCAGAAGUGUUGGAGCACAUCUACCCCAGCCCAAUAUACCCGGAUGCAUUGAUAGGCAUGGCAGAGAGUAUGGGGGAUGAGAGGCUGGUCUCGAUCACGAAGGA